AGUGGUGGACACAGCAGUUGGUGAGAGAGAGUGAUAUUGUUUGUUCAUCGCUUCCGCACAAAUUGGCCUUUUUCCCGUGUUUUUAGUGCAGAAAAGCCAUGAGUUUGGAGCAUUUUCCUGACUACGAACUCCCCGGAGUUAUAAAGCGUGACUUCUACCCUUAUGAAUCCAACGGAGGGAGUGUCGUUGCCAUUGCCGGGGAUGAUUUUGUGGUGAUUGGGGCGGACACCCGCCUCAGCUCGGGCUACUCCAUUCACUCCCGGAAUCAGGGGAAGCUGUUCAAGUUGACGGACUCGUGUGUGCUGAGCGCCGGGGGCUGUUGGUGCGAUAUUCAGGCGCUGACGAGUCUCAUUAAUGCCAAGAUGCAGAUGUACAAGCAUCAGCAUCAGCGCACCAUGUCCACGAAUGCCAUCGCCCAGAUGAUAUCUAUUACAAUGUACAACAAGCGCUUCUUUCCCUACUACACGUCCACAAUUGUGGCAGGGCUGGACGUGAAUGGCAAGGGCAGAGUGUUCAGCUAUGAUCCGAUCGGGAACUGCGAGGAGUCCGACUACAAGGCUGGCGGAUCAUCGGGGGCGCUACUUGUGCCUGUGCUGGACAAUCAGGUGGGUCUCAAGAACAUGGAGAAUGCCCAGGGCAGGAAGAUGACGGUGGAGAAGGCAGUUGCCCUCACCAGGGACACUUUCAUUUCGGCUGCUGAGCGGGAUAUUUACACCGGAGAUGGAAUUAUUGUGAACGUAAUUACCCAGGAUGGCAUUGAGGAGAAGCGCUUUGACUUGAGGAGAGAUUAAAGAAUGUAUUCUCAUGUGGAUUUCCCAAUAAAUUUCUACGAUUUUCCGGACACACACGCCAAUUGUAAUCUAACCUCAUUCGCGAUGACAAGCAGGGAAGAGCGGGCAGAGCUUCUCCGGCUCAUUUCCCAGGAUUUGAGAGCAAGUAAUCCAUCUCUGGAGGUGGAAGAAUUUCAAUGUGGGUCAGAAGUUUAUCUAGCAUCCAAGAGACGUGAUUCCAGCUCCAAAACCCUCAUAAUUCCCCAAGCUUUUGGGGAAAAGAUUGAUCUUGCAAGAGUGGCUAAUUCUCUUGGUCAGGAAGCCGUAACAUUGGCUAUUUGCGAUGAAGCUGGAACUUUACUGUACUAUAAGAUGAGAGAAUACAAUAGUACUUAAGCUAC